AUGCCGCGGUCCGAGCGUUACGAUCAUGUGCUCAGUGAGGAAUUCGACGACUACGAAGACCGGAGACGGUGUCCCUCGUUCCGAUCGACGCUGCGUCACGGGUCCCGGGCUCGUUGCCCCCCGGUGCGUUCAACGCUUACCAAAGCAGAAGUGUGUCUGAUCGUGUUGAUUGCGGCCGGAGUCCUGUGGUUGGUCUACGACCCGGGGUACGAUAUCACCAUAAACGGUGGUAGACUGAAUUCUGAGUGUGCACCUAAGGCAAAGAAUCUAAAAAAAUUGCAAAAACCGCCACUGCUAAAGAGACUGUGGCGCUUGGUCAGGCCGUCAACCUCGAUGAGUUGCAGAAAAAUUUGCAAAAAAAACGUCGACGCUCAUGAUAAUCAUUAA